AUGGAAAUAAAAGUUUGCGGUGGAACAUUAAAGGUAUCUGGAUUCAUUAACAAUACGCCCUGUCAGUUCGUGGUAGACACUGGUGCUGACGUGACCAUACUGAGUUCUCGAGUAUUUCAUAAAGUGGAUUCUGCCGCAUCAGUGAAACAUAUGUCUACUGAUGGAGUUAUAAGAGGCUUGGACGGACAAAUAAUCCCCGUUAUCGGACAAGUCACUCUGGAAGUUACGCUGGGUGAAACGGUUUCUACAAUGGAUGUAUGGGUUGCUUAUAUUCAAGAAGAGUGUAUCCUCGGCGCGGACUUUUUGAAGAAGGAGGGUUGCAUUAUUGAUUAUCCAAGACAGACACUUCGAAUAGGCGAAACGGAAAUCCCGCUAAGAAUGGGUGGGGAAGAGUUGAAAUGUCUAAGAGUGGUCCUGGAUAAAGCUGUGAAAGUGCCACCAUUUACCGAAAUGGUCAUUCCCGCUAAACUUGAAGGUGACCGAGGUGGUGUUCGAUGGGGUACAACUGGUCCACCGAAUUUGGUACGAAGGGACGGCGACAUUGUUGUUGGCAGAACAGUUGUCGACUUGGACAAGGAUUACAUCCCUGUAAGAGUUGGAAAUUUGUCAUCCGGCCGGAAGAAACUAAAGAAAGGAACUGAGAUAGCUGUUUGUGAAGCUGCCGCGAGUAUAACGGCCACGAACAUGGCUAGCGAAGGAAAGGAGAAUCUCCAAACCUCGAAGAAAGAGCCUGUACCAGACUAUUUACAAUCCUUGUAUGAAAGUAGCACGGAAAAUCUUUGUGACCGCGACAAAGAGAAGGUUGCGGAGCUGCUGGUAUGUUUUCAAGAUGUGUUCUCCCAGGGAUCGGAUGAUCUUGGACGUGCGACGGGUGUGAGACACGACAUCGUCACGGGGAAUGCGGCGCCUGUGAAACAACCACCAAGAAGAAUUCCAGUCUCCAAGCGAGAAGAAGCGUCCAAAGCCAUCAAGGAUAUGGAAAAGCAAGGCAUAGUUGAACCGUCCACCAGUCCAUGGAGCUCGCCUGUUGUUCUUGUCAGGAAAAAGGACGGCUCUACCAGAUUUUGUGUUGACUAUCGUCGCUUAAAUGACGUCACUCGGAAAGACUCGUUCCCACUGCCACGAAUUGACGCGACCCUCGACGCUCUCAAUGGUGCCAGUUGGUUUUCUACAUUGGAUUUGAAAAGUGGCUAUUGGCAAGUUGAACUUGAAUCGAGUGCGAAAGAGAAGACUGCAUUUUCUGCGGGGAAAGGUUUGUGGCAAUUUAGGGUGAUGCCUUUCGGAUUGUGUAAUGCUCCCGCGACGUUUGAAAGGCUCAUGGAAGCCGUGUUGGCAGGACUUCCUUGGGAGACGUGUCUCGUUUAUCUCGAUGAUAUUAUCGUUCAUGCGGCUGAUUUCAAGAGUCACAUUAAGAAUUUGCGUCUAGUAUUGGAAAAACUCCGACAGGCAAACCUAAAACUUAAUCCAAAGAAAUGUAAACUUUUCCAGCAGCAAGUCCAGUUCUUGGGUUACACUGUGUCGAAACGUGGAAUAUCGGCGGAUCAAGAAAAGGUGAAAGCUGUUCAAAAUUGGCCACAGCCAACAAAUGUUCGUGAAGUAAAGAGUUAUCUGGGACUAUGUACCUACUAUCGACGAUUUGUUCCAGGCUUUGCGAACAUUGCCAAACCACUACACCUGUUAACCGAGAAGAAUGCGAGAUUCCAAUGGACAAACGAAUGUGAGGCAGCAUUUAAAUCGCUGAAACAACAUCUGACGAAGACCCCCACACUUGCAUAUCCUGACUUCCAGAAACCAUUCAUUCUUGACACAGACGCCAGCAACAUAGCCAUUGGUGGUGUUCUCUCGCAGAUUGUCGAUGGCGCGGAACGUCCUAUUGCCUACUUCAGUAAGACCCUGAGUAAACCUGAAAGUCAGUACUGUGUAACCAGAAGGGAACUGUUGGCGGUGGUUAAAGGGACAGAACAUUUUCAUCCUUACCUUUAUGGGAAUCGGUUUUUGGUAAGAACUGAUCACGCUUCUCUACAGUGGCUCCCCUCCUUCAAGAAUCCAGAAGGACAAAUGGCGAGGUGGUUGCAGAAACUGCAGCAGUACAACUUUGAUGUCGAACACCGCGCUGGAAAGCAUCAUGGAAACGCUGACGCCCUGUCCAGGAGACCAUGUGACCAAAACGGAUGCCGCUAUUGUGAGAAGAGGGAGGUAUUGGAAUGGCAGUUACGGGAAGAAGACUCUCGGCAUUCAGUUGUGGGCACGACUGGGCACCAGGUUGGCGCAGUUACUAGUGAUCAAGCGUGUUUUGAGCGUAUUGGACAAGCACAGCGUUCCGAUCCUGAAAUCCGUUGUGUGAUAACGUGGUUGGAGGAGUCGUUGACGAAGCCGGAAUGGCGAAAAGUGUCCUCCUAUAGUACUGCCGUGAAGUCGUACUGGGGCCAGUGGGAGUCAUUGAAACUACACGAGGGGAGAAUGUACAGGAUCGUGGACAACGACGCAGCUCAGCAGCUUUGGCAACUGGUUGUCCCGCAAGCAUUGCGAGGAACAGUCCUUCAACAGCUUCACAACAGUCCCACAGGUGGUCAUUUUGGUGUUACGAAGACAUUGGCUAAAGUUCGAGAAAGGUUCUUUUGGCCGAACUGCCGUCAGUACGUCGAAGAAUGGUGCCGAAAGUGUGACAAGUGUGCUUCUCGUAAAGGACCGAGUAAACGUCAAAGAGGACCGAUGAAACAAUUCAAUGUCGGCGCCCCGUUGGAAAGAGUGGCAGUUGAUGUGUUGGGUCCCUUACCAACGUCUUCUAGUGGUAACAAGUAUAUCCUAAUCCUUGGAGAUUACUUUACUAAAUGGGUGGAGGCAUACCCCUUAGAAAACCAACAAGCUGUGACUGUGGCAGAAGUGAUCGUAAAGGAGUUCGUUUCUCGUUUUGGUGUUCCUCUUCAGUUACACUCCGACCAAGGACGCAACUUUGAGGCAGAGCUGUUCCAGAGAAUGUGCGAACUGUUGGGAAUCGACAAAACUCGAACAACCGCGUUGCAUCCACAAUCUGACGGAAUGGUUGAACGAUUCAAUCGAACUCUGGAAAACCAGCUUGCGAUAUUUGUCGAACAAAAUCAAAGAGACUGGGAUAGGUGGAUACCAUUUCUAUUAUUGGCGUAUCGAACAUCAAUUCACGAGAGUACGAAGCAGACACCAGCAUGUCUUAUGUUUGAUCGAGAGGUGAGGCUGCCAAUUGACCUGUUGUAUGGUCGACCCCCUGGACCAGAGUUACCAAGUACAGUGGAUGAUUAUGUCAGUAAUCUACGGGGAAAGUUAGAAGAAAUCCACGAGUUUGCACGCAUUCGGAUGCGUGUUGCCAGCGAUCGAAUGAAACUUCGCUAUGAUGUUGGUACGACAAAAGCCGUCUUUUCUGAAGGAGAUGCUGUCUGGCUAUACAACCCAAAACGGAGAAAAGGUGUAUCCCCCAAACUUACUUGUGACUGGGAAGGACCUUAUGUUGUUCUUAAAAGAAUUAAUGAACUGUUGUAUCGAGUAAGGAAAUCUGCGAACGCUAAACCUCGUGUCGUACAUCGAAAUAGGUUGUGGCGCUAUCAAGGAACACUUAAUUAA